AUGACGACGACAUUGUUGCUGCUGAGGCUCCUGGAGUCCAGAUUGAUCAACCUGAAGUGCAAGCUACUACUAGCCAUUCACACUUCACCACCAGUUGACCAUCCUCAGUCUCGCCUACUCAGUCAAGGCCAUAAGGAAGUGAUUCACAAGUUCAGAAGAGACCUCAGUGAGAUUGGAGUUGAGUUGCCUUCUAUGGAAAGCAUGAGUGAGGCAUUUGAGCAAAUGAAGAUGAUUAAAGAUGUUAUGGAGGUGUCUACUCACCAAAUCAACCUGCUUACCUCACCUACUUUCUUACCAAAGGUGAAGGAUCAAGGGAAAUUCACUCUCCCUUGCACACUUGGGCAUAUUGAGCUUGACAAUGCCUUGGUGGAUUCUGGUGCAAGCAUCAACCUGAUCUCCUCUCACAAUGGCAGAAAAGCUUGGCAUUGCUGGAGCAUUGCAGCGCCCUACUACUUCAAUCAUGUUUGGAGAUGCAACUUCUAA